AUGGCUCCAAAACGUUCGUCUGAUAUUUGGAAUUUUUAUAAUAAAAUUGAAAAUAAGAAAUUGGAGUGCAGAGAAUGUAAAAAAACGUUUGCUGAUUUUGGAAAUACAACGAAUUUGUUGAAGCAUUUUAGAAAAGUGCAUUCUCUAAUAUAUUUAACAUGUAUAGAAAAAACACGUAAACAAGAUCAAAGCCAAAACAAUAAUUUGGAUUUAGAUUCGGUUACAUCUAGCAGUCAAUCACUAGAAGCAAGGGUGGAUAAUGAAAAUGGAGACCAAGCUCAAGGUGAAGGUGCUCAAAGUCGUAGAAGACCGUUACAGAUGACAUUUUUAUCAAAAGAGGCUGCACAGGUCAAUUCAAGGAAUGUGAACAGAGAACUAGUUAAUAUGAUCUGUGUAGAUUUGCAACCAUUGUCUAUAGUUGAAGAUGAAGGUUUCCGAAACUAUACUUACCAGCUAAACCCCAACUAUAGUCUGCCUUCAAGAAAAAUGCUAGCAGAAAAAUUACUACCCCAACAAUAUGAUGUUUCAAAAGCAGCACUAAUUGAAAUGUUACAGCAGGUGGAUUUUGUAGCAGGCACAACUGAUUUAUGGACAUCGGACAAUAAUGCAAGUAAUAUGAAAAAAGCAGUAAUAGAAAUUUUGCAGAAACGUCAUCAUUCUUGUGUAGCACAUACUUUAAAUUUAACAGUCUCUGAUUGCAUGAAAGAUAAUGAGCAGCUAUCUCUUUUAACGGGGAAAUGUCGUGAAAUCGUUACUUAUUUUAAAAGAAGUAAUGUUGCGUCCUACAAGCUUCAAGAAAUUCAAGAGCAGAUGAAUUUAGAAAAACUGAAAUUACAACAAGAUGUUCAAACACGCUGGAACUCUACUUUCAUCAUGUUUGAUAGAUUAGACAGAGUCAAGAUACCACUAUCAGCUGCGUUGUCUUCCUUGCCUUCAUCUCCUUAUAACUUGACCAGUGAAGAAUGGAAUGUGUUACAAGAAUGCGUGAUUAUUUUGAGACCAGUGGAGCAGCUUACUACCAUUUUAUCUGGUCAACAGUAUCCUACAUUGUCGUGUGUUAUCCCGCUUAUCCGAGGUGUUCAAUCAUCCCUCAAGAGCUAUUCAAUGUCCACUAAUAUAGCGAUAUCUUUACAAAAUAAACUUAUAGAAACCAUCGAAAGGCGUUUAGGCGUUUAUGAAACUAACAAAACAGCAGCUAAAGCCACAUUUCUUGAUCCAAGAUUCAAAAAGGCUGGUUUUGGAAAGGAAAGAAAUGCUGAGAGUGUUCAGAGUUGGGUAAUUGAGGAAUUAACAUGCCAUGAACAUGAAUCAUUCACCGCUAGUGAGUUUCCAUCAUCAUAUUCAACCGCGCAGCUGCAGCACUUGAGUUCCGAUGCCCAAGUUUCUCCGAAUUCAAACCAACAUCUCCAGCGCCAGACAGGUGCGAAUGAUUCAGCGAAUGAUUUAUUGUGGAACUAUUUGGAUAAAAAAGUGCAACAGCAGUCGAAUAUGGCUACUCCCACCUCCUCUGCUAUCGUCAAGGUGAAACAAUACGUUCAACUUCCUUACCUACAACGAAAUAUGGAUCCGUGCGAAUUUUGGGAGAGUAGAAAAAUUAUUUCCAAAGAUCUCAUGGAAUAUUGUCGUUACAAUUGA